GAGCUCACGACCUCGGCACAAGAAAUGUGCUCAACAUUCAUUGAGAACUGAGCUGUCAUCAUGGCGGUCAGUUCUGCUCAUGUUGAAAAUGUUCAGCAUUCCAUCGAGUCACUUUCAGGGACGGUUUCUUCAGCCAUGGAGAGCUUAGCCAACUCGAUGGCUUCUUCAAUGCCUUCAACUGCGGCUCUAGUCAACGGAACCACCAUGGAGCACAUGGAAGUUCAGAGUUCUUGGGCAUGGAGCUUUGUCCGAAUGAUCAUGUUCCUGAUCAAAGUCUUUCCGGGCAUUCUGUUCUGGAUCAUCACAUUUACUACCAUUACCUUACCAACCUUUCUCUUCACACUAUUGUCAACCAGCUUGACUGUCACUAUGAAUGCGACGACUUUAAUGUUAAUUGUCGCUGCUCUCGUAUCCACCGUUAGCUGGUUCGUUCGCUAUAGAGUUCUGAACAUGUACGCGCGCCUUCCUCCCGAACCUCAACGAAAAGAGCCGGAGAUAGAUCUAUAUCCGGACACACAAGAAGAAGAUUCUAAAUCUGGGUUCUCCAACUAUCUGGACGAGUUUUUAAGCGCAAUCAAGGUGUUUGGGUACUUGGAACGACCCGUCUUUCACGAACUCACUCGGAGCAUGCAAACUAGGAAACUCAUAGCAGGAGAGACAUUGAAUCUGGAAGAAGAAAAGGGGUUCUGCUUAGUCGUGGACGGCUUGGUGGAGAUCUUUGUCAAAUCUUCCCGUGAGAGCGGCGAGUCGGAUUCUGAGCCUUCCAAUUUUCACCCAGACGAUUCAUCAGAUAGUGGGGACGGACAGCAACGGCGAAGUGCGACUCAAGGUUACCAAUUAUUAACCGAAGUCAAGAAUGGUGCCCCUAUGUCAUCACUCUUCUCCAUUUUGUCCUUAUUUACCGAGGAUGUUAAGCUGAGACACAGCGAAGAUGAUUACUUAGAGAAUACUGCCUCAAGUGCUGGGUUCAAUCGUCGACGAUAUCCCUCAAGCGCUGGCUUUGGAUAUGUCCCUAGCCACGAGACCCCACCGUCGCUUCCAACAAGUCCAAUAUACGGUGUUCCAAGUCAAAAUGGGGAGCCUAUCAAUCGGGAGCAUCGGUCAUCAACGUUAGCCAGUGAGACUGCUGGUGGUACUCUUCCGAGAGUUCCUCCCCUCUCUCUCGACUCUUCACAUGAUCAUCCAAGACAGCGGCCGCGGCCCAGACGGGUGCAGACAACUUCGGUUCAUCCCGAUAUAGUUGCACGAGCUACCGUGGACACAACCAUUGCAAUCAUUCCUGCGAGUGCUUUCCGUCGUCUUACCCGAGUCUACCCAAAAGCUACUGCACAUAUUGUUCAGGUCAUCUUGACUCGACUUCAAAGAGUAACUCUGGCAACCGGUCAUUCAUAUCUCGGACUUACAAGUGAGGUCCUUCGCACAGAAAAGCACAUGAACAAAUACACCACGUACGAACUUCCCAACUUCUUGCGAGGCGAUGCUCUAGAGCGUUUGAAGGAGAAGUUCACUCGCGAGCGAGAGAGGAUUGGUGCCGAAGAGGGCAGUAAAGGCAUUGCCUUACACAACGCUGGAGUUGGACGAAGGCGGAGAUCCAGUAAUAGUCUCCGGAAAGAGGCAACACUUCACGCUGUGUCUGCAAAGGGGGCACCAGCUGUCACUAACUCGACAUUUGAAUCACCUCUUAAACGAGAGCCUAGUGCCAAUCCAAGCCCGGGGGAUCUGCUCACAAACAUUCAAAUGUCUCGCAAUGGUGGCAGAAGAAAUACGCCAAUGAUCCAGGGGUCCUUCUCUGGUCAAGCCGAGGAGUCUCCUGAAGUGUGGCAACAUGACACGCAGAGUCCACUUGCACAAAAAUCGUUCAAUCCAUUUGGUGCUCAAGUACACCCACGGCGGACUCUACAUCGGCAGGAGUCUAUUGAUGAGGAUGGCAUGUUUCGUGGAUCCAUUUUAGAAUGCAUCUUCAAGGCUAUUGGCUUGACCAACACCAAAAAUGCUUUGAGAAUGUCGGACUCCGUCGAAGCAUCUCCGAGGCUUGUUUCCUAUGACCAGAGAAAACAAAAGGCAAUCUUCACUAACAACGCGUUUGGAAUCAUUGACCCAUAUGAAGGCUCUGGGGAUGGCGAUACGGAAUCUAUGACAUCCGGAGGCAUAAGCACAGGUGGAUUUCCGAGUACGCAAGGUCUGGCGCACGAGCUCAAGGAUGAAGUGGAAAUUGUAUACUUCCCAAAAGGCUCUGUUCUCGUUGAGCAGGGUGAGCGCAAUCCUGGAUUGUACUAUGUUAUCGACGGAUUUUUAGAUGUCAGCGUCCCCACAGAUGAAACGUCAGAAUCAACCGUCUUAGGUAGUUUGUCACAACGAAAUUCGAACUCUAGAGAAAGUAGGGACGAAUCACUAGCUCCACUCUCGCGGACUCGAACAGGGUCUUCGAAAGCCUCUGGCUCUGGGUCGGGGAUCAAUACUACCGAAGGAAAGAAGCGAAAAUCCACAGGUCGAAGGAGCCUUGCAUUGAUCAAACCAGGUGGAAUUGCUGGCUACAUUGGGACAAUAUCAUCUUAUAGGUCAUUCAUCGAUGUCAUAGCUAAAACAGAUGUCUAUGUUGGCUUUCUGCCAAGGUCUUCCUUGGAGAGAAUCGUGGAAAAAUAUCCGGUGGUGUUAUUGACGAUGGCUAAACGCCUGACAAGCCUUUUACCACGACUUAUUCUACAUAUUGACUUUGCUCUGGAAUGGGUUCAAGUCAAUGCUGGACAAGUGAUUUAUCAUCAAGGCGAUGAUAGCGAUGCAAUCUAUAUCGUUUUGAAUGGUCGCCUCCGGCUAGUCCUCAAUAACGAAGAGGCGGGUAUGAAAGUGGUUGGCGAGUAUGGCCAAGGUGAAAGUGUUGGAGAGCUUGAGGUUAUGACUGAAUCCGUUCGCCCUGCGACACUUCACGCAAUUCGAGAUACGGAACUUGCGAAAUUUCCCAAGACUUUGUUCAACAGUCUCGCGCAGGAACACCCAGGAAUUACCAUCAAAAUCUCCAAGAUCAUCGCGUCUCGUAUGCGAGCUUUAGUUGAAGAUCCUGUCUUCGUCCAAGGCAAAGAGAAGGUGACCGGUGCAACGAACAACAAAGUCUCAUCGACUGUCAAUUUAAGAACCGUGGCUAUCUUGCCCGUCACGGCUGGCGUACCAGUGGUGGAAUUUGGUAGUAGGUUGAUGAAUGCCUUGACGCAGAUUGGCGCAACAAAAGGAGUCACCUCUCUCAACCAAGCCGCUAUCCUUAAUCAUCUGGGAAGACAUGCGUUCAGCAGGAUGGGAAAGUUGAAGCUCUCGCAGUACCUUGCUGAUCUCGAAGAGAAGUAUGGACUGGUGCUAUACGUUGCGGACACCAAUGUUAACUCCCCUUGGACUCAGACGUGCAUUAGCCAGGCUGAUUGUAUCCUCCUUGUUGGCUUGGCCGAAGGGUCACCGGCUAUUGGUGAGUAUGAACGUUUCCUGCUUGGCAUGAAGACUACUGCGCGAAAAGAAUUGGUCCUGCUGCAUGCCGAUCGAUUUUCUCCGCCGGGUCUUACACGAGCAUGGCUCAGAAACCGCGUGUGGAUCAAUGGUGGUCACCAUCACAUUCAAAUGGCCUUCCGAACAUCCGUGCCUGUUCAUCCCCAGACUCGUAAAUUUGGUUCGGCAUUGAAGCAGCGAGUUCAAGUCCUCCAGGCUGAAAUACAGAAAUACACUUCCCGGAAGGUGCGACAGACUCCCCUGUAUUCAGCGGAAACGCCUUUCAAGGGAGAUUUUCAUAGGAUUGCAAGACGGCUUUGUGGCAAGUCUAUAGGUCUUGUGCUCGGCGGCGGAGGUGCCCGAGGUAUCUCUCAAGUUGGGAUUAUCAGGGCUUUGGAGGAAGCAGGUAUUCCCAUCGAUAUCAUUGGUGGUACCUCGAUUGGAGCCUUCAUUGGCGCCUUGUACGCUAGGGAUGCCGAUGUGGUCCCAAUGUACGGCCGCGCGAAGAAGUUUGCUGGGAGGAUGGCGAGUAUGUGGCGCUUUGCGCUCGACUUGACAUAUCCCUCCGCCUCAUACACAACUGGCCAUGAGUUCAACCGCGGAAUCUUCAAAACCUUUGGGGAUACUCAGAUCGAGGACUUCUGGCUUGAGUUCUACUGCAACACUACCAACAUUAGCAAGAGUCGGUCAGAGAUACACACCAGCGGGUAUGCCUGGAGGUAUGUAAGGGCAUCAAUGUCACUUGCCGGCCUCCUUCCACCUCUGUGCGACGAAGGAAGCAUGCUCCUGGACGGAGGAUAUGUUGACAACUUGACCGUCUCACACAUGAAAUCGUUAGGAGCAGACGUAAUUUUCGCAAUCGACGUUGGAAGUCUUGAUGACGAUACGCCUCAGAACUUUGGCGACUCGUUAUCUGGGUUUUGGGCAUUCCUGAACCGCUGGAACCCGUUUUCGUCAUUCCCAAACCCGCCUACGCUGGCUGAGAUCCAAGCCCGACUUGCUUAUGUUUCCAGCGUCGAUGCUUUAGAGAGAUCAAAGCGCACACCUGGGUGUCUCUACAUGAGACCACCCAUCGAUGCUUAUGGGACCUUGGACUUUGGCAAAUUUGAUGAUAUUUAUCAGUUGGGAUAUAAAUAUGGCCAAGAGUUCUUGGCGAAGAUGAGGGACCAAGGAGUCCUACCUUUGGUAGACGAGACGGAAGAGAAGAAGGCUCUUCGGAGAACGAUGGCCCCUCGAAGAGCUAGUAUAUAGCGACUGUAUAUUAUUGUUGGGAGGGAGGUUUGCGGCUGGCGCUUGGGAAUACCCGCAUCAUGGCAUAGCAUAUCAUAAGAAAAUAUAGAUGGUAGUGAUCUUACAAGACAAUAACAGGUAACUGCUAGGGAACAUGCUACUUCAGACUCGA